GCACCUCGUCGGUGAGCGAGCUAGCUAAACCUCCGGCCGAGACGAUGGAUAUCUCACUACCCCUCCUCCUAGUCGGCAUCCUCAUCCCCGUCGUCUCGUACCUGCUGGUGACGAAGCGCAGCGCCGAGGAAGGGCGGCUGAAGCUGCCGCCGGGCCCGAAGCGGGUGCCGGUGCUCGGCAACCUGCACCAACUGGGCCCUCUACCGCAUCGCAACCUGCGCGACCUGGCCGGGCGGCACGGCUCCGUCAUGCUACUCCGCCUCGGCGCGGUGACGACGGUGGUGGUCUCGUCCGCGGCUGCGGCGCGCGACGUCAUGAAGGCCCACGACGCCGACUGUUGCAGCCGCCCCGCGUCGCCGGGCCCCGCGCGCCUCUCCUACGGGCGCAAGAGCGUCUCCUUCUCGCCAUACGGCGCCUACUGGCGCGACAUGCGCGGACUCUUCGCCGCGGAGCUCCUCGGCGCGCGCGGCGUCGGAGCCGCCUGGGCCGCACGGCGGGAGCAGGUGGACAGGCUCAUGGCCGCCCUGGGCGACGCUGCGGGGCCGGUGUCGUUGGACGACCACGUGUUCCGUGUCGCCGACGGCGUCAUCGCCACGGUGGCGUACGGGAGCGUGUACGGCGCGGAGGCGUUCGCGGGCAAGUACGAGCGGUUCCAGCACGUGCUACAGGAGGCCGUGGACAUGUCGGCCAGCUUCUCCGCCGAGGACUUCUUCCCCAACGCCGCCGGCCGCCUCCUCGACCGGCUCGCCGGCAUCGUCGCGCGCCGGGAGAGGAUCUUCAGAGACCUCGACGGCUUCUUCGAGGAAGUGCUGGAGCAGCAUCUAGACCCCGCGCGCCGCAGGCCGGAGAGCGGCGGCGGCGACCUGGUGGAUGCCCUCGUCAGAAUCUGCGAGGAGCACGGCUUCACGAGGGACCACGUCAAGGCUGUCCUCCUGGACGCGUUCAUCGGCGGCGUCGACACGAGCUCUGUGACGAUCCUGUGGGCGAUGUCGGAGCUGAUCCGGAAGCCGCAGGUGCUGAAGAAAGCGCAGGAGGAGAUCAGGGCCGCGGUCACCGGCAACGAGCAGCGGGUGCAGCCGGACGACCUGCCGAAGCUGACCUACCUAAAGAUGGUCGUCAAAGAGACCCUGCGGCUGCACCCGCCGAUUACGCUGCUUCUGCCGCGGGAGACGCUGCGGCGGGUGGAGAUCGGCGGCUACGACGUGCCGGCGGGGUCGCGGGUGCUCGUGAACGCGUGGGCCAUCGGGAGGGACCCCGCGAGCUGGGGGCAGGACGCGGAGGAGUUCGAGCCGGAGAGGUUCGAGGCCGGCGGGAGGCACGGCAAGGUGGACUUCCGCGGCGCUCACUUGGAGCUGAUGCCGUUCGGCGCCGGCCGGCGAAUGUGCCCCGCACUGGCCAUGGGGGUGGCGAACGUGGAGUUCACGUUGGCCAACAUGCUGUACGGCUUCGAGUGGGAGCUGCCGGAGGGGACGUUGGCCGAGAAGGUGAGCAUGGAGGAGGCCGGUAGGCUGACCUUCCACCGCAAGACGCCGCUGGUGCUCGUGCCUACCCCAUACGUAGUGUGACAAGCUCUGCUGCUCUGGUAGUGGUAUAUCGAGUUUAUACAUCUGGCAAAUAUAUCUCGAGUGAAGUUAGUUGAACAAAUGAAGAAAAUUGAUACAUGCGCGCGUCUUGGACUGGUAACAUGAAUCAGUCUUUUCUAUGUUUUGAAUUCCAGCACAAAUUUGCUCCGAGUUUAUACAUCGGGUCUUGUGAGUAAAGUUGA